AUGAAUACCAACGCUCCUGAUAUUCCACAGAAGCAUCUUGACCAUGAAUACGCUAUGGACACGAAUCGGAACAAAGACAAGAGAAGACGGGAAGACUCGGCCCCCUCUACGCCAUCGAAACAGACUCGAACGAACACGAAGUGGAACGUGAAGUUUAAUAUUCAGGAGAGAAGUGCUGAUAUUGACACCAGAUCUUAUACCCACCACUUCUACUUUGGUAGCUUCAAUCAGGGGACCAAUAAUCAAGACUCAAAGAAGGAGAAAGAUUAG